AUGAGGCAUUGGCACACGCCGAGCGCGCGGCCGUUACCGAGAACCAGCGUUGGACCUGGACGCUCGCCCUCAGUUACAAAAUGGCUGCUAACAGGGGCAGAAAAGAACACAGCUUUUUGCCCGUUUUAAAGACAUAACAGUAAUAAUUUCUGCGGGAAAUAUUCACAAAGGAUGAGGCUAAUGUCUUAUAUUCAAGGUAAUAAGUCACAUUGCAUUUUACUAUGUGUAUUUGCCACUAAUGGCGCUUUUCCACAAUACAGUUCUAGCAUGACUCAGUUUGACUUGAUUUAUUUUUAAUUUUUUUUGCUUUUCCAUUCGGGAUAGUAGGGCUUAUUUUGGUACCUGCUCUGGCGAGGUUCCAAGCGAGCUGAGCCGAUACUAAAAUGUGACGUCAACAGACUGAUUGACUGAUUGGUCAGAGAGUGUUGUCGCUGGAAGAGACAGGAGCGCGACGUCCGACGCAAGAAUCAAAUCGAACAAUGCCAAACUGUAGAUCAAUUAAAAAGACUUAAAAAUCCUAAAAACGUGCGUUAAUCUACAACAUUUAGCACUGAUUCACGAUCAAAACGUUCAAAAUUGUUGUAAACUGCAUCACAAUCCAUAAGAAAAAUCAGAAAUUCAAAUGGUUCUAUUUUGGUGACUUCAGUGCUAGAAAGGUUUGGAUUUAACGUAAACAUUGAAACUUCGCAGAAUGAGGCAGCAUGUGACCAGCAACUCCUGAGCCCCUGCGCGUUAAAAUCGCUGAUUUUGUCUAUGGACUAUAGUGCGGGAGAGUGGGUGGUUUACAAAUGGCAGUUUCCCAUUGAAAAAGACUGUUUAAUAGCGAGAUAAAACAGUGAACAUUUUGUGUGGUUGAUAAUGGGCCAAUACCUUAACCACACUUUAAAUAACUCAAACAGUGUUAAACAGUGUGUUUCUAUAGUUAGUAUUUGCUUCAUCAGCAGAGUGCAGCUAUUAUAGAAUAUUGUGUUUAAUUACUUUUAUGAGUUAGUGUAAUUGUUCUCAGAGCAGCGUCACAUGCCUUUGUUGUAUAUAAAUACUUGGAAACCACCCACUGGUGAUGAACUGUGUCACGUACACAACACAGAGCAGGUGACGUGGAGGUCAAAGGCGGUUUUCAACAAAAUGAUUUGACUCUGAAACUUCAGGUUGUUUUUACUUUCAUUUCUUCCCUUCGUGACUGAUUUACUGGAAGAGUGAUAACAGUCUGAAAUGGACAGAGGAAGCAGUCAAACAUGUGCUGACAACAUAGCUGAAAUAAAUCAAGUGUUGCUCAUUUCCUUUCGAAAAGGGUUAAAUAAGGCGCAGCUCACUUUGCAAGUUCAAGCAAUGUUGACAAAUAAGGUAAUGGACAAAUCCGCUCUGAAUAAUAAUGCAAUAACAAUAGUUAUGGUAAUAAUGUAAGCAAGCUCAGCCGAAUAAAAGGUGACAUCAAUGGAUGUCAAAGUUUUUUUUGUUACAUUAAGCACAAAACACGUCCACUACAUAUCUCUGCCAACCAAUUUUAUAAACAUUGCAAUAAACUUGUGGCUUAGAAAACAGUCAGCAGUGAUGCCCAAACGUUUCCUUUUAGGGCCAAACUUGGUAGUGGGUCGUGCCAGGAUCCUUGUUUCUGUAAUUAGGGUCCGAGCCACGAAUGGCAGGGGCCGAAAAUGGCUCCCGGCACGGAUUGAAUUUGUGCGAGGAACCUAUUGUUAUCCUUCAGAUUAUUAUUAUAUCGAUGGCUUUGCAGUUAUUUUUGAGUGGGUUAACAUGCAUAAAAAUGCUUGAAACUUUGCAUGGAGGUCAGGGCCGGGCGAAAAUGCGAUAUUGGCAUAGUUCCCGGACCAUGCAUUGCUCAAGGGCUCAUUAGCGCCCCCUAACGUGAAAACAGAGGCAAAAUUUAGUUCCACCGAAUUUCCCGGAAACUUGGUGGGAAGAUGUUAUAGACCAAGACGAACAAAAAAGUUGACAGUAACCAUGGCCUCAACUCAACAGGAAGUUGGCCUUUUUUAAUUUUGGCAUCCAUUUUGGCGAUUUUUUGCACCCUAAUCUUUAAAGAACUCUUGCCUUUGAUAGGCUAGUGUACAUGCCGAGUUUGAAUUAACAGACGGACAGACGGACAUCUGUUCCUUGAAGAAAGGGGUUGGGACGUAUACGUUUUACUCUGUUCCAGACACAGUUGUCUUCCUUUCUUUUGUUCAAAGUCAUCAAAGAUGAAAAUUCUUGCCUGUGAUUGCCAAAGUGUUGCACGCCAAAAAAAACGGAGCCACCUUCACCUGAAAACAAACCAUCAAGCAAUAUGCUGCGGUGUUGACGGAGUUGUUUUCGUGGAAAGCUGACAUCUGCAGGAGGAAACCUACAGCCUCUUUUACUUCUCCACCUUCGUUUUCCUCUAUUCUAUUGUUCACUCUUUUGUAAUUCCCUCAUUUCACUCUCUCUGUUUGCUGUCCCUGCUCUUCCCUCUCAUCUCCCACCCUCGAGAAACGCUGCUGACAUGGCCUCGGCCAACUCUGAGUCCAGCGUCCUGCAGGAGGAGCUCACCUGCCCCGUGUGUCUGGACCUCUUCCGUGACCCCCACUUGCUUCCCUGCGGCCACAACUUCUGCAAAACCUGCCUCAAUCACCUCAAGCGGCAAGCAGAGCGGGGUCGCCUGCGCUGCCCAGAGUGCCGCGACAGCCACCGGUGCAGCACCAGCUUUCAGAAGAAUUUCAAACUAGCCAAUAUCGCUGACGACUACCGCCAGAGGCGUAGAGCAACCACUGCUGCCGCGACACGUUUGAAGUCCAGGGAAUCGCCGUUGUCUUUUGUGGCGGCGCAGAAAUCGGGGAGUGUCUUUUCUGUUCCGUGUGAUUACUGCCCCUCAGUGGCCACCGAGGCACCGUCAUCCUCUUCUGCUUCUCACAGUGGAGGGGACGAAACUGCUGCUGCUGCUGCUGCCGCCGCCGUGUCGCAAUUUGCGGUCAAGACAUGCCUGAAAUGCGAGGUGUCCAUGUGCCAGGAGCACGUGAAGCCGCACCUGGAGCUACCGGCGUUCUGUGAGCAUCCGCUAAUGGACCCCAUAGACGACUUCUGGAAGAGGAAGUGCCUGGCGCAUGAUGAAAUAUACAGAUACUACUGCAUGGACUGCAAAGUGUGCGUGUGCAACGCCUGCACCAUAGAAGGAGACCACUCGGGACACACGAUGAAGACACUGAAGAACACGAUGAAAGAUCUCAAGGGAAUUCUGGACAAACAGCUGUACAGAGUUGAGAGGAAGUUCAGUCUGGCAGAGAAAAAACUCCAGGAGCAGAGGCAGAAGGAGAGACAGAACAAGAAGUUCUUGGACGACUCGGAGCAGUGCUUGAACAACCUGGGUGACGAGAUGGAGGCCAAGGUGCUCGGCUUCGUCACCAGGUUGCGAGACUGCACGCGCACCCACGGCGACACCAACGGCCUGGCCAUCCAGAAGAACAUCUUCAGGAUCUGCCAGGACCAGGCUCGCCUCCAGGAGGCCCGCUGUGGCAUCGAGAGCCUCAUGCAGGAGAGCGACCCUUUCCGCUUCAUCCAGGCUUACAAGACGACGGGAAAACAGUGCCGCAGGCAGUUACGGAAAAAUAUGUUCUACCCAGAAUACGUGGACAUGGAGACGGAGGUUCUCGGCGCAAUGAUGGAUGACGAAAUGACGAAAUUUCUCAACGAGGAUCUUCAUCGCCACAUUGUUGCUGCCUUAAAUGACAUGUGCGAUCUGACGGAUCGUGAGGAGGAGGAGCAGGAGGACAACGAAGAAGACGCCGGGGAGGAGGAGGAGGACGAGGACGAGGACGACCUCAGCGACAGCAGCGAGGACGAGAUGAGGAGCGAGGGUGAGGAAGAGGAGGAGGAGGAGGAGGAGGACGAGGAGGAGGAAGGACACGACCAGAGCGAUGGGGCGGACGACCUGUACAGUCCAGAGGAGGAGGUGGAGAGUGAGGACGAAGAAGACGAGGACAGAGAGGAGGACGAGGAGGAGGAGGAGGAGGGAGGAAGAGGAGUUUAACGGAUUGUUUAUAUAUAUAUUUUUUACACCUUUUGCAGCACUUUGAAUUUGAUACGUACCUGUUCUACGACGCCUGAUGAACACUUUGAAUGUACCACAUAAACGGCACAGGACCCAUAAUCUCGUCUGAUUCCCCCCGUGACGCUGCCUGCGUGAAUCUCAUGCUUAAACCUGCUUCACGUACUGCUGAAUGUACAGUAAUUAAGGUGCUUUAUCUUCUUAGGUAUUUACGUACGGAGACGAAUGUGCGGCGAGCGGAAGAACUCAAACACUGUGCGGCCGGAUCUUCUGCCACUUGAGGAAAAUGCGUAGAGAACGUGAGCUUGUUGACUUUACAGCACGCGCUCGUGUGACUUGAUUUGUGUAUCUGAACAAUUUUCUCGAAAUUUAAAUGAUAAUACCAGUGCGUACCCAGAAAAAUGUCAGCUAUCUUUGACUUACCCAGUUUUCCGUCACCAUAAAAAGCCUUUUUUUGGAUCAGAAUCUGCGAAAACGGGUCAAAGCUUUGACCUAAAAUGUAUAAACUUCAAGGUAUAGUUCAGGUUUUUUGAGGUGGUACUGCGCACUUGCAGAAUCAAAUCGCGGCGACAACAUGGCUGCCACUGCAAAUAUUAGCCACUUAACAAAAGAACUUAGAAAAUCUACGUCAGCCUAAGUCUGUCUUUUUCUUAGGGGCAUGUUUUUUUUUCAAAUUUAUCUGAUCAUUACACUGUCUUUUCCAUCUGGAAAGUGAAGUUUAUGUUGCUUUGUGGAUCUUUUAUCUUUACGCCCUGCACCACAGUCCAUUGAGAAAAUGUUAAAAAAAAAUUUUAGCUUGGAAGACACAGGAGCUGCUGGUCAACUGCUCUAUCUUCUGGUAAGUUUGUGUCACCAAGGUAAAUCCAACGACAGAUUUUAAACACCCGAGUUACACGUGACACAUUUGAGUUCACUGAUGGAGGCGACUCCUGUGUGCUGUAAUGCUAAAUCGCUGUUUUUCUCUAUGGAAUUUGGUGCAGUGAGUGAGCGGUUUACCACGCGACUCAAGCUUCGGUUCACUGACCACCAGUGUCCAGUGUCCCCGCGAGAUAAAAUCAGCUAUUUUCUCAACAGGCUUUGGUGCAGGUUUAGUUUCCAGUGUGGAAAUGCUGUUUAACAUCGAGAUGAAGAGGUUCACCUUUUGUGAAGUGGCUAAAAUCGUUUUUUCCCAGCAACCCCCCCUGAACUAUCCCCUUUUUGUACUUGAACGAGUCCCUUCUUGUGCGUAUGUGUUGAUGUGAUUGCCUCCUCCCAUCAGCGCUCGUGCUCAACAUCGCAAGCCAAAGAGUGAAGACAUUUCCAUAAGUGCAUGGUCAUAUUUAAAAAGUUUGUUUGCAUGACAUGUAAUCGACAACGGGAUGACUUUGCUUUUUUCAUUAUUACCCCCAUGGUUCUUUCUACGCAGCUAAUGCAUCAUUUCAAAAAGAUAUGUCCAAAUAUUCCUAUGCACUCUGUUCAUAUACAGUAUAUUAUUCUUACAAUGUCAGAAUUUUUGCACUUUACUACAAAAAGAAGAAGAAGAAGAAGCAGCAGCGACGUGGAGCCUGACGACAUUGAAUGUUGAAGUUUUAUUUUGAUAGGAGUGGAUCUGUGCGAUGAAAACAGUUACUACAUAAAAACAACGCCUGUUGAAAUGUA